UUCCGCUCCGACUGUGCGAGUGUGUGUCCCUGCGCCCGCAGCCAUGAGCACCGGCAUGUACCAGUCCCCCAUGGAGGUGGCUGUCUACCAGCUGCACAACUUCUCCAUCUCCUUCUUCUCCUCCCUGCUCGGGGGGGAUGUAGUCUCCGUGAAGCUCGACAACAGCGCCUCCGGAGCCAGCGUGGUGGCCAUCGACAACAAGAUCGAGCAGGCGAUGGAUCUUGUGAAAAAUCAUCUGAUGUAUGCUGUGCGGGAGGAGGUGGAGGUCCUGAAAGAGCAAAUCAAGGAACUGUUGGAGAAAAACUCCCAGCUGGAGCGUGAGAACAGCCUCCUGAAGACCCUGGCCAGCCCUGAGCAGCUGGAGAAGUUCCAGUCCCGGCUCCCAGCAGAGGUGCUGUGCCCUGAGGAGCAGAGCCCCGGGGUGGCUGCCCCGGCCCAGCACUCCGGGGGCUCUGCGGUGUAAGGUGGCUCUGUCCUCGGGGUGGGCAGAGCCACAGAACUCUUUCUACUUAAUCUCCUGCAAAAUCGUUUCCACCUUCAUCUCACACGAAGGACUGCCAGACCCUGGCACUGAGCUGUGCCCCUUGGGUAGCCCUGGCCAGCCCGCAGAGCCAGUGGCCGUCUCCUUCAUGAGGAUGCUCUUCUGCAAGGAAGACAGGGGCAGCUGACCCCCCCUCCCCUCCAACCGCCCACCAGGUGCCAGGAGGAGCUCUGUGGUGCCUGUCCCGGGCCCUGCUGGAGGGCAGAGCUGGGCAGGCUUCGGCACCGUGCUGGAACCUGCGGUUGGAAGGAGCCAAGCCCCAGGCCGUGGCUGCGUUCUGCAGGGGGGUGUCUCUUUCUGGCAAAGCCUGACAUUGGAGGGAGAUGGAUGUUUAGUGAGCAAAGCAGAUAUGUCCCGCAAGCCACCCAGGAGCCUGCUGGAACCCGACCCAGACUGAGCAGCACCAGGGAUGGCAGCUGCAGCGUAGACCGUGGCUGAACGCACAGCAGUGUGGGGAUUACAAGUAAAAAAAAAGCUUGUUUUGUUAGUUUGGGCAUCUUCUGUAGCUGUAUCUAUGUGUGAGCAUGUGUACGAGAGGUGCCUCUGAGGCUGUGGGGUGCCUGCUCUGGGUCAGCCGUGCCCAUCUCAACAUCUGGGGCAUUCGAAGGCAGACUGGAAUGGUGAGCACCUGGCAGUGGACAGACAACUAUUGCGAGUGACACUGAGGAGGAGGCAGAUUCACUCCUCUCUGGUAUCCCACCUGACAGAAGGACCAUGUGGCAGUGCUGAGAGGAUCUGGACUGACCACUGGGCAGAGCCACAAGGCAGGUUGUGCUCCAACCCACUGGGGUGGAGGAGCCACCUUGUUCUUGGGCUCCCCUCUAUCCCUGGCCUGUUCUCUGGGGUGUGACGGGACAUUGCUUUUGAUGUCAGAAGCGGUGACACUGUUGUGUAAAUCUAGAUAGAAAUGGCAAUAAACUCUACUUUUUGUAUAUA